AUGUCGGAUAACCUAGUGGGAAAACUGGUUAAGGAGCUGCAGAAGCUGGGCCUGCAACAGCCGUCUGCACCCAUGCCGGAAAAGCUAUCGCGGGGCGCUGACUUCGGUCGGUGGGAAGCGAGAGUGUCGGAUUACCUGCACGGGGUUGAUGCUUCGUCGCGAAGCGGAACCAUUAUGGGCCUGCUGCACGACGAAGUCUACGACCUUGCACGGACAGCAGACAUAUCCUCUUCCAUGUCGGCGUCGGACAUCCUGAAUCGCCUUCGUGCAAUUCUCGGGUCGUCUGUGCACCCUUGGAUUCUGCAGUCCGAGUUUCGGGGCCGCGUCCAGGAGCCGGGUGAAGGAGUCCUCGACUACCAGCAGGCCCUACGUCUCCUGAGACGGAGGGGUUUUCGCACCAUGGAUGCUGCAGCCCUCGAUCAGCGGUUGUUGGAGCAGUUCAUCGCUGGUGUCAGGAACCCUGAAAUCCGGAAGGCCUUGAUGCGGGCGCAACCGGCUACCUUCGGUAAAGCCCUCGACCUGGCACGUCAAGAGGAAGCACUCCAGGCAGUCUGUGAUCGGCCAGCCCAACCUCUACUCGAGAUCGCAGCUGUCCAGCCCCAGACGGUCCGCGACUGUGCCACUCAAACGCCCUGGCACCCCUGCUCCUGUGGCUCCUUCUACCCCCGACAAAACCAAUGGCGUCGUCAACCGCCCCGUCGAGGGCCAGGACCUCAGGCUCGCCGCCCCGUUCAGGCCAUCGAUGUCAGUACGGAGGAAAACGGCGGUAAGUGCUAUAUUGCCUCUGAUUCAGCUGUUUCAUGCAUUGGUCCUACUAUAUGCCCCUUAGUUGAAGGCUUUGUAGGCAGCUCCAGUCUUUCAUGCCUAUUAGACUCAGGCGCUGGUUGCUCUUUGAUACGUCAGCAGUCCUUUUUAGAGUUCCAAACGAGGAUUAGGUAUUGUGAUAGGCCUAGUUUUCGACUUCAUACUGCAAAUGGCACUCAUCUUAGGCAUACUGGCCUUGUGGAGUUUUCUCUUGACCUCUCAGGUCUUAGUUUUACUCACCAAUUUGUCGUGUCCCCGGAUAUCACUUGGGACUGUAUAAUAGGUGUUGACAUUUUAAAUAAGUUUAGAUGUUCUCUUGACUUCGGUAAGCGUGCUCUACGGGCCGCCACGGAGGGUACCCACUUGUGCGGUUAGUGUUGAUGUUAAGGACCUAGUCCCGGCACACCUCGAAGAAGGUAGCGCCCGGAAGCUCAGCCAAUUAAUCAACGAAUUUAAGGAUAUCUUUGAUUGGGAUGGCAAGUCCACGGGGAGGACGAGUGUGACGGAGCAUUGCAUCGACACGGGGGAUGCGAGACCCAUCAGGGUUCCCCCCAGGCGACUUCGAAUAUUUUACCAGAAGGAACUGGAUGCCCUUAUCAAUGAUAUGCUUAGUCGUAAGGCCCUCUCAGUCGCCCUGGUCAUCUCCCAUUUUACUUGUGAAAAAGAAGGACGGCUCAAUGCAACUGUGCAUAGACUAUAGGAAGCUAAACGCUGUGACUAAGAAAGAUUCCUUUCCUCUUCCACGGAUAGAUACCACCUUUGACGCCCUCGCUGGCAAUAUUAUGUUUUCAACGCUUGAUUUAGCUUCAGGCUACUGGCAAGUUGAAGUUCGUCCCUCAGAUAGGGAAAAGACUGCAUUCGCGGUCCCCUCUGGUCUCUACGAGUUCGAGACGAUGCCUUUCGGCCUCGCCAAUGCCCCCGGCACUUUUCAGAGGUUGAUGAAUCAGGUUCUUGCACAGUUAAUACCAACCUCGUGUCUAGUUUACAUGGAUGAUAUAAGUGUCCUCGGAAAGGACUUUGAUAGUCACCUCAAUAAUAUCAGGGCUGUGUUUAGCAGUCUCCGACAGGCGGGGUUAACCCUGAAGCCAUCCAAGUGUGUCUUCAUAAAGCCCCGCGUGAAGUUCUUAGGUCAUGUAGUCUCAGCCGCAGGGAUAGAGACUGAUGACGAAAAGGUCACACAAAUCCGUGAGUGGCCCAUCCCCUCAGACGUGGCGGAGGUCCGCAGCUUCCUAGGCCUCGCCUCCUAUUACAGACGAUUUAUUAAGGACUACGCCCAAAUUGCCGGGCCGCUCCACAAGCUAACGCAGAAAAACGUUAGGGUUAAGUGGACUGCUGACUGCACAAACAGCUUCCAGACGCUGAAGGAUAAACUGUGCUCCACCCCAAUUCUAGUCUUUCCUGAUAUUAGUAAUGAUGCCGGGAAGUUCAUCCUGGAUGCUGAUGCCAGUGACACCGCAAUCGGCGCGGUUCUCUCCCAACAACAGUCAGACGGUACCGAGCGCGUCAUUCAGUAUUUAAGUAGAUCGUUGACCAAAGCAGAACGGCGCUACUGCGUGACUCGAAAAGAGAUGUUGGCGCUCACACACUUUGUGGAAGAAUGCCGGCCAUAUCUCCAGUACCGGCCGUUCGUCGUACGCACUGACCACAGUGCCUUGACUUGGCUAAGAAACUUUAAGAAUCCUGAAGGGCAAGUAGCGAGGUGGCAGGAGAAGUUGGCGGAAUACGGACUUUGA